UUUUUUUUUUUUUUUUUUGUUUUUUUCUUUCAUUCCUACCCACUUAUUCCUGCGGCUAAACUGUUCAAAUUUUUCUCUUCGAAAUUCUUUGGGGGUUUUUUCUUGAUUUAUUGUAAAACCUCUUGUCCAGCCAUGGCUGGACAACAACUUUCUUUGUUUCUUGACCCCUCCAAUACGACAUUCUCGUAAAAUAUUGCCUGAGGUGCGGUUUUGGGUUACAUUAGCGUUUGAUCUAUUCAGUUGUAUUAGCAGGAAUCAAACGACUUGUUUCUGUUGUACUUAAGUCUUACGAAAAGGUGCCCAUAGUUUAGCGACAGUUUCCAAAGGCUUUAGUACCACCUGUAUUACAAAAUGGGGGACCCAAACUCCCGGAAGAAACAAGCUCUGAACAGACUUCGUGCUCAGCUUAGAAAGAAAAAAGAAUCUUUAGCUGACCAGUUUGACUUCAAGAUGUACAUUGCCUUCGUGUUCAAAGACAAGAAGAAAAAGUCAGCGCUUUUUGAAGUGUCUGAAGUGAUACCAGUCAUGACCAAUAACUAUGAAGAAAAUAUCCUGAAAGGUGUGCGGGAUUCCAGCUAUUCUUUGGAAAGUUCCUUAGAGCUUCUGCAGAAGGAUGUAGUACAGCUCCAUGCACCCCGCUACCAGUCUAUGCGCAGGGAUGUGAUCGGCUGUACCCAGGAGAUGGACUUCAUUCUAUGGCCUCGUAAUGAUAUUGAGAAGAUAGUCUGUCUCCUGUUCUCUCGGUGGAAGGGAUCUGAUGAACCCUUUAGGCCUGUUCAGGCCAAGUUUGAAUUUCAUCAUGGUGACUAUGAAAAACAGUUUCUGCAUGUUCUGAGCCGAAAGGACAAGACUGGAAUUGUUGUCAACAACCCUAACCAGUCAGUGUUUCUCUUCAUUGACAGACAGCACUUGCAGACUCCAAAAAACAAAGCUACAAUCUUCAAGUUAUGCAGCAUCUGCCUGUACCUGCCACAGGAGCAGCUCACUCACUGGACGGUUGGUACCAUAGAGGAUCACCUCCGUCCUUACAUGCCAGAGUAAGGUACUGGCCAGCAAAAUGGGGAAGAUCACAGAAUGCAGCAGUGGAUUUUCACUUUCCUCACCACUUUAUUCUUUCAGAAUUUAGAAGAAAAUGGACUCAUGUUCAGAACACUGUACAUUGUGAAACUUGAUCAUCCUGGAUUUUUUUAAUCAUUUGUAUCUCAGAACUUUGCAGUUUUUUUUUUAGAUGUUUUCUGCAUGGACCUUGUGAAAGAGAGGAUGCUCUGCACACUUCUGCACUGCAUCAGCAUCUUACUAAAAUGUGAAAUGAAGGGACUGUACAUUGAAACAAAUGUAUGCGAAAGCACAAGGUGAUCAUUUGUGGUGGUGUUCCCAUUUGUGCUGGUCAUGCCCCCUAACAUCUCUAAUGUUAACCAUCAGUAUUUUGAGGGUGAGAAGUGAAUGUAACGGGUAUAAAAGCCUUAUAGCUUUGCUGUUAAUGAUUGUAUCGAAGAGCACUAUCAUUCAUUCUAAUGAACGAAGAAGUGGCUAUUACAAUAGAAGUAAGUGUGGGAAAGAAAUCUUUCUUAAAAAAAAAAAAAAGCAUCUCAUUUAAUGUAUAGGCAUUUUUUGCCUCUCUUGUUUUGCUGGGCCAUGUCUUAAGUUUACUGGCACUUUCGUUUUGGAUCUCUUUCCCCAAGUUGCUGUAUAACUGUAUGAAGGUAUUCUUUUGAGUUGGAUGCAUUUAUACAGAUGAGGCAGACCUGGAGUCUGAAGUUGCUAAAGCAGCUCAAAAAAAGGUAAAAUAAUAAUAGCUGCAGAAACAAUAUUGGUAGAGGAUUAUUUUUUCUUGAGAGUUGAGACUUGUAAACUUGCAGGUGAACUGUGCAGGAAAUACUGGUUUCUAAAACAUUUCUUAUGGAAAACCCAUAGAGGUUUUUGGUUUUUUGUUUUUUGUUUUUUUUUCUUUUUGGAAUAGACAUUAUAAACCAAUGUAAAAUAGUGUUUGGAGUGUCAAAAGUUGGUUCUGACAGAACAUUUUAAGAUUGUGCAAUGAUAAAAGGAAGACUACUGUAUAGUUUUGAUGACAAAGGCGGCUCUGCUUAAGGGUUGAGUACUUUACUGGAGUAAAACUGCAUAAGCCUACUCCCUUUGGAUAAAACUAGUGCUUACCUGUUUAAAACUUGUAUUUAGCUUUUGUUUGGAAUUGGAAGAAAUUGGAAAUUAAAUAAAUUAGGUGAAAGAUGGCUGGUUUUA